UCUAGGUUGAUGCUGAGGGAGUUGAGUCCGUGGUUUCUAGGUUGAUGCUGAUUGGUUGGGUCCGUGGUUUCUAGGUUGAUGCUGAGGGAGUUGGGUCCGUGGUCGAGUCACAUGCGAUGGAUUAUCUGGAUCAUGGCAAUUAUCGGCUCCACAUACGUCUUCUACUUCCACGAGAGGUAUAAACUGUUGGAGUUACUAGGAUACGUGGCCAUGGGGGCGGGGCCUGCACUUGUCAUCCUGUCCAUGGCGGACAGGGCAGGUUUGUGUGAGCUGGCGGUGGGUGGGAUUUUCUACGUAGUGGGUGUGGCCUUCUUUAAGAGCGAUGGAGUCGUCCCAUUCGCUCACGCCAUCUGGCACCUGUUCGUUGCCAUGGGAGCAGCUACACACUACUACGCUAUCUGGAGACACCUGUACACACCUGGACACUGAGACACACACCUACCGUGGUGAUAACUACACAGGGAUCUGGUCCUGUACACACCUGGACACUGAGACACACCUACCGUGGUGAUAACUACACAGGGAUCUGGUCCUGUACACACCUGGACACUGAGACACACACCUACCGUGGUGAUAACUACAUUUACAUUUAAGUCAUUUAGCAGACGCUCUUAUCCAGAGCAACUACACAGGGAUCUGGUCCUGUACACACCUGGACACUGAGACACACACCUGGACACUGAGACACACACCUACCGUGGUGAUAACUACACAGGGAUCUGGUCCUGUACACACCUGGACACUGAGACACACACCUGGACACUGAGACACACACCUACCGUGGUGAUAACUACACAGGGAUCUGGUCCUGUACACACCUGGACACUGAGACACACACCUACCGUGAUGAUAACUACACAGGGAUCUGGUCUGACUGUUUACAUGAUGACAUCACCACAUCCAACUCUUACAAUUAUUAGUAGAAGUACCACAGUUACCAACAUGCUGGAAACAGGCUUUGAUUAUAUAAUGCCUGUAUGUUCCACACCAGAAGGAUCUCUGUCCAAUUAGAGACAGGAAUCAGUGAACUGAAGGAUCUCUGUCCAAUUAGAGACAGGAAUCAGUCAACUACCAGAAGGAUCUCUGUCCAAUUAGAGACAGGAAUCAGUCAACUACCAGAAGGAUCUCUGUCCAAUUAGAGACAGGAAUCAGUGAACUGAAGGAUCUCUGUCCAAUUAGAGACAGGAUUCAGUGAACUGAAGGAUCUCUGUCCAAUUAGAGACAGGAUUCAGUGAACUGAAGGAUCUCUGUCCAAUUAGAGACAGGAAUCAGUGAACUGAAGGAUCUCUGUCCAAUUAGAAACAGGAAUCAGUCAACUACCAGAAGGAUCUCUGUCCAAUUAGAGACAGGAAUCAGUCAACUACCAGAAGGAUCUCUGUCCAAUUAGAGACAGGAAUCAGUCAACUACCAGAAGGAUCUCUGUCCAAUUAGAAACAGGAAUCAGUGAACUACCAGAAGGAUCUCUGUCCAAUUAGAGACAGGAAUCAGUCAACUACCAUAAAGAUCAUCAAGGACAACAACCACCCGAGCCACUGCCUGUUCACCCCGCUAUCAUCCAGAAGGCGAGGUCAGUACAGGUGCAUCAAAGCUGGGACCGAGAGACUGAAAAACAGCUUCUAUCUCAAGGCCAUCAGACUGUUAAACAGCCACCACUAACAUUGAGUGGCUGCUGCCAACAUACUGACUCAAUCUCUAGCCACUUUAAUAAUUCAAAAUGGAUGAAAAAUGUAUCACUAGUCACUUUAAACAAAGCCACUUAAUAUAAUGUUUAUAUGGGUUAUAUAUGGCCGUUCGGCCAUCACUCAUCCAUAUACCUUUAUGUACAUAUUCUUCAUUCCCUUACACUUGUGUGUAUAAGGUAGUUGUUGUGAAAUUGUUAGAUUACUCGUUGGUUAUUACUGCAUUGUCAGAACUAGGAGCACAAGCAUUUCACUACACCUCGCAUUAACAUCUGCUAACCAUGUGUAUGUGACCAAUAAAAUUUGAAUUGGAUCUCUGUCCAAUUAGAAAACAGGAA